UAAAAUAAUUCAGUUGUUACUAACUACUGCACGGGGCAGGUUUCGGAACGCGCGUUCCAAUUUCGAAUCGGAUCAAAAUUGGCGCGAGUGAGUGGACUCUGUUGUGAAGUGGUUUUUAAUCUGUGCAAUCGGUUUUUUUCUUUUGUUUUUGUGAGACGUACCAUGUAACGAGCCGUCAUGUCAUCCCAGAUAUUACCCCACCCGAUGUACCGCCGCGACUCCUCCGACCAAGACCGCCCUUUAGAAAUCGACCAUGAUGGCGACCAUAGCCGCUCGAGCAGCCCUAAAAACAUGAAGUAUUACAAACAGUUGGACGAGGACAAAACUAUACUGAACCAAGGCAAGAAAUCCUUUUGCAUUGACGCGUUAUUGUCGAGGCAUAUCGAGCCAGAGACGACUCUCCAGGACAGAAUGGCGCAGCAGAAGUAUUUAGCAUUAAUCCAAAACAAAAACUACAUAAACAGAUUUGAAAACUAUGACGCUCAGAUAGAACAGAAUACCAUAGACAAGUUUCAAGGGCAGAGCUUUGAGCAGAGAGCAGAGAGUCCCAGGAGUGGACAGAGCAGUCCCAGGAGUGGGAGCCCAGUGUCUGAGGAUGGGAAUCGGUCGGGAAGUUACAGUCCGCCUAUUUCCCCGGGAGUGGAGGGAGGGAAUGAGGAAUAUGAGAGCUAUAGGCCUGGCAUAAUCCCAAAACCGGGCCUCCUGCCUCAAAACCCGGCGCUGGUAGCAGCGCAAUCGGCGGCUCUCUUCAACUACCCUCAACUGUCCCCUGGUACCUUGCCCCCUGGCGCUCCCCUGCCGUCUGCCUUCCACCAUCCAGGGGACAGGGUGCUUCAUCACAUGCAGCUGGAGUGGCUGGCCAGGACUGGCAUGUUUUACCACAGGAUACCGGAGCUUGGGGGAGCCCCACACGCCCUUCUCGGCAAGACGCGGCGCCCGCGCACUGCGUUCACGUCGCAACAGCUGCUGGAGCUGGAGAAGCAGUUCAGGAUGAACAAGUACCUGUCGAGGCCGAAGAGGUUCGAAGUGGCUACCAGCUUGAUGCUCACUGAGACGCAGGUAAAAAUAUGGUUCCAAAACCGCAGGAUGAAGUGGAAACGCUCAAAAAAGGCGCAGCAAGACUCCAAAAAGGAUUCGCACUCCCACAACGAAGAAAAGAGCAAACCGAAAGAACCUCUACAGCCGCCGGAGCCUGAAAAACCUCCGCAGAACAUGGCCGCCGAUUUGACAGCUGUCAAACCUCCCGCCAUGUUGGACAGGGAAAGAAUCAUCACGUUGGAGCGAGAGAGGGCAAUGGCGGCAGCUAAUUUUAAUUCUAAUUUGGAAAACAACAGGCGAGGGAUGGUUGUGAUGAGCCAAGAUGGCGGACGGCCCGGCAUGGACAUGUUUAGGCCGUACGUGGUAUGAAAGUAAAGGUUUUAUUAGAUUGUAAUUUAUUUUUGUUGUUGUAAAUAUUAUACGAUGGUAUACUUACCACGGGUUGUACCAUCUUAC